CGAUGAGUGGUGGAAGAUUAUUCAGACACACGAGUAUCCGGGUCAGGAGGGCUACUUCAUACAUCCAGUCAGCAAUCUAGACGUAAUGGCCGGCAAUGGCACUAUUGGAUUAGAAAUACUCGAAGAUCUCCCCGAUGUCGACGCCGUUGUCAUUCCGUUCGGUGGGGGUGGACUGAGCUCAUCUAUCGCGUCUGUGGUACGCGCACUCAAUCCCGCCACACGGCUGUACGGUGCUGAGGUCGAAACAGCUCCACCUUUGAAGGCAUCUUUAGACGCCAACAGCCCUCGGGAGGUGGACUACACACCAUCGUUUGUGGAUGGGAUUGGUGGGAAGAGUGUACUGGAAGAGAUUUGGUCUCGGGUGAGUGUUCUGUUGGACGACAGCCUGGUGGUUACGCUUGCCCAGGUGAAGAGUGCCUUGAGGCUGAUGCUGGAGCGCAAUAGAGUGCUUGCGGAAGGCGCUGGGGCCACUCCGGUGGCGUGUGCGCUGGCUGGCAUGGCCGGGGGUGGGAAGGUGGUGUGUGUUGUGUCUGGUGGGAACAUAGACAUGGAGAAACUACUGAGGAUGCUCAGUGAACCUAUAGCACCAGAUGAGUAGUUUUCAUGUAUCGGUGAGUUGGUGGCCUGUGUAGUGCUGGUGGGAGCAUAGACAUGGAGAAACAACUGAGGAUACUCAGUGAACCUAUAGCACCAGAUGAAUAGUUCGAGUAUCGGUGAGUUGGUGGGCUGUGUCGUGUCAGGUGAGAAUAUAGAUAUGGCAAAAUUGCUUAGGAUGUUCAAGUUUAAAUGAAGUGGUGGUCUGUGUGAUACCUGGGAGAAUACAGCUGUGGACAGAAGCUACUUAAAUAUUUCUGGAGCAUUUGAAAUCUGAUGAAUAGCGUUUAUAGUGGGUCAAAAAUGGUCCGGGUGUGGAUGUCAGUGUUGUUCAGCCUAUGAAAGCUGAGCGCUAGGUAUGGUUUCUGAGUUAGUUCCGUGGUAUAUGGAAAAUUUGGAUACAAGCAUACAUUUUGGUGAUGGUACGACGCACACAGUAGCCAAUGAAUGCGCCUAAUAGUUAUCGAAUCGGUGAUAGUGGCGGUAUUUCGUAGAAUAUGAACAUCAGUACUUCAAUGAAGACAUAGCAAUUAAAGAAGUCCCAAUAUUCACACACAGAGUGAGUGGAGGGUGUCCUUCUGGGUCAAGAGUGUCAGUUGGUAGUCGCAGCGAA